GAACACGAGACGUCAAACACAACGAGGUCCGUGGAACACAAACAAUCAAUUCACAAUUCAACAAAGAAGUUAAUUGAAAUGAUUCUUACAACACAGGGUCUCAUCAGCGACUAUCCCUGUCUGUCUAAGGUGAACGUUACAUCAUGUGUACCAAUAGUCUACGGUGUGACACGUCGUACACCACCACCACUGCUCGGUCACUCGUAUUACAGAGUCGGAUGGUAUAGCGACAACCUCGGUGAUUGUGUGAUAUUUCCCGUGGAUGUUUAUGAUGAUUUCGGGUCCUAGCUCUAUAGUGAUACAUAUUAAUUUUCUUGGGUGAAUAUAUGUACUGGCAGUAAGUGUGCUGGUGUUUACAUCAACUACAACAACCUCCAAGGUUGCGAUUGACACGCUGUAUGAACACUAAAUAUUGCACUAGCUCGACAGCUACUCAAGAAUAUACCGGCACAUGUUGACCAUGUAAGUGUAUGCAUAGAGAACCACACAGUGUUUACUAGUGGGUUUUUGUGCUGGUAAAUGGAUAGUUUACAUUGAUCAGUGAGCCAUCUACAGUCGUUAACCACAGAGAAAGGUUAAAACUGACCUGCUGUAGUUUUAUCUGGGUAGGCUUUCUGGUGAUAGAACUUACGUUGUGAACGACAGAACGUGAACUGUUUGGUACUGAGUGGUAGAUUCACGUAAUACAUGCAUGGUUCAGGGAUACCUCAACUUAAAGAAUUUGAAUUCUUCCUUCUAGCACAAAGUACUCCAAACAAUUAGCUUUUGUGAUUUCAUUGUUUUCUACGUACCAGCCAAGAAAUACCACCGUUAUACUAGUAUGAACACAUCAACGUUCUGUCCCACCGUAUGGAGUUUAUCAAUAACUAAUGGAGAAUCAAUGUUUCUGUAGUCAGGCCAGCCAAACCUGUCACAAUCACCAUGCCCGCCUACUAUCAUGUCGAUGCGGCCAGCGACCGUAUCGCCAUGAAGAUUGUCCGCAAAGAGGCCCCUCUAUCGACCGUAGAGAGAGCCUUUAUCCUUGCCAUAGAGCGAGGUGACUAUGGCACCGUACGCCUGGCCCUGGAGGAAGCUGACAUUUAUUUCAAUCUUAAUAAGAACUGCGUGGACUCCUUAGGGCGUACCGGACUCCUUAUUGCCAUACAGAAUGAAAAUAUUGAGAUUAUUGAGUUACUUCUGAAGCACAACGUACACGUUGGGGACGCUCUACUGCAUGCUAUUGAUGAAGAAGUUGUUGAAGCUGUAGAGAUUUUACUGAGUUACAAACCACCAAAGAAAGAUAUUCGGGCUCGAAUCAUCCAAGAACAAAAUGAAACGGAUUUUACUCCUGACAUCAGUCCAGUGAUCCUCGCUGCCCAUCGGAAUAACUACGAGAUUCUAAAGAUCUUACUGGAACGUGGAGCCUCCAUCCCCAAACCACAUAAUGUCAAAUGUGGUUGUGAUGACUGCCUCUCCAGUAUACGACACGAUGGACUGAGGCAUUCUCGAUCUAGGCUCAACAUCUACCGAGCACUCGCUAGCCCUUCCCUUAUUGCUCUGUCGAGUGAUGACCCACUACUAACAGCCUUUGAGCUGAGCUGGGAGCUAAGGAAGCUAAGCUAUCGUGAAAACGAGUUCAAGACCGAUUAUGACAAGCUUGUACAACAGUGCCGAGAGUUUGCUACGAAUCUUCUUGAUCAAACCCGGGGUUCUAAGGAACUUGAAAUGAUGCUAAAUAGAGACAAUGAUUCGAUGACGGGUGAAGAUACAUUGAGUCGACUUCGGUUAGCUCUCCACUAUAAACAAAAACAGUUUGUGGCCCAUCCUAACUGUCAACAGCUGAUUGCAGAGGUCUGGUACCAAGGCUUACCCGGAUGGCGUCGUCAACACUUCACAGCCAAGUUCUUGAUUAGUGUGUUCGUAGGCAUUUCCUUCCCUCUUCUAUCGCUAGCUUACUUCUUAGCUCCCCGUACGAGGGUAGGCCAGAUACUCCGUCUUCCAUUCCUCAAGUUCAUUUGCCACAGUGCAUCGUAUUUGUUGUUCCUUGUCUUGCUGAUUCUUGCAUCGCUGGACCUGAAUGGGGAAUCAGACAGGGUUGAUGAAAGGGCGCCUCCACCGUCAGAUAUUGAAAUAUUAAUCGUCGUGUGGGUCUUAGGUUACAUAUGGGCUGAAGUGAAACAAUUGUGGGAUAUGGGCGUGACGCAAUAUCAACGAGAUUGGUGGAAUUCUCUGGACUAUGUAACCAACACUUUGUACGUCACAGUGAUAGGGCUUCGAGUAACUGCAUUUAUAAAUUUGAAAAUCAUGUAUAAUCCUAAUCACGGACCCAUUGUUCUAAAGCGAGCCGAAUGGGACGAAUGGGACCCCACUCUAAUGGCAGAAGCUGUAUUUGCUGUGGCAAAUAUAUUCAGUAUGCUACGAGUUGUCUACUUCUUUACCGCAAACUCCCAGCUUGGUCCUCUCCAGAUCUCACUAGGGCGUAUGGUUGAAGACAUCGUCAAGUUCCUCUUUCUUAUGACGUUGGUUUUAUUCUCCUUCGCCGCUGGACUCUAUCAACUGUACUGGGUUUAUGUCGUUAGAGAAGAGAGACUUCCCGACUCAACGGAUAAGGUUUGCUUUGGCGUAUCCUGUCGGGAACAGAACAACGCUUUCACAGAUCUUUUUCAGACGUUGCAGACCUUGGUAUGGGCUAUAUUUGGCCUGGUUGAAUUAUCCAACGUAAAGGUGGUCCCUGAACAUGGUGUGACUGAGUUUAUUGGUGCUCUUAUGUUUGGAGUCUACUGUAUUAUAACAGUCAUUGUUUUACUCAACCUACUCAUUGCUAUGAUGAAUGACUCCUUCCAGAAAAUACAGACCAAGUCAGACAUGGAAUGGAAGUUUGCUAGAUCGAAACUAUGGAUGAGUUACUUUGAUGAAGGGGAGACUCUUCCAGUUCCAUUUAACAUCAUCCCAUCCCCCAAAUCAAUCUACUACAUCUUCCGGGCCAUGUAUCGCUUCAUCUACAAGAAAAGGAAACGUGGACACCAGGAAAAUAUUGCCGUUAUCAAGGCGAAUCUCGCUGAGAAGAGAAGGAUAAACAACGAAGAGUACCAGAAAGUAGUUCGGAACUUGGUGAAGCGGUACCUGAACAACAACCGCCGAGGACAGAGGGCUGAAGGUGUGAGCGAAGACGACCUGAAUGAGAUCAAACAAGAUAUAUCAGCAUUCCGGUAUGAGAUCUUAGAGAUUCUUAAGAACCCUCCCAAGUCUGUAGAUACAGGAACCGAAGCAAGUUCCAAAGGUUCAAGAGGAUCUAAGAAAGCAGUGUCAAUUGCAGAGAUGGGUACGAGCUACUCAGUGACAUCAAUGUCGUCUGUCUCCAGUAACUCUUCUUCACCACAACUUGACAGAGUUCCUUCGUUUCUAAUGAGGAAAGGAAAGAAGAACAAGCGGAGCCCACAGCACCGGGAAUCUAUGCAUAAACCGCUUAAGUGUGAUCCGAUCGAAGAGGAAGAUUAUUCUUUACCAGACUUCUUAAAGGUGAAGAAUGUUAAGAAUGUAGUGAGUGCUGUGAAUGAGAUGAAGAGAUCCUCCCGCAAACGGAGAUUGCGAGAGCUCUUAUCUAAAGAGUCACUUAGCUCAGCUGCAAGUGCUUCAAUCCCUGAGAGAAUAGAAGAGGGUGUGGUCCUGGCUGAGUCUCCCAGAAGGAUUCAGAGUCAAGCUUCUGUUGAAAUGAACGAUGAAGAGAUGGAUGCAAUCAUGAAACAAGGAAUAACAGAUGAUACAGUCGGAAACAUUGCAUCAACAACGAGUGAAGAUGAAUCUGACGAUCCAUUCAAAGGUAGUGGAGUAGGUGGAGACUCCAAGACCCCAGUCCAUCGAGUCAAAUCAUUCGCUACCCAUGGUGGUCAUGACAAUGAAGCCUUGCAUUUAGAGGAGAGUGGAGGUGAGGAGGAGACGACCCAACCAACCCGGCGGGAGAAUAGUGGUGAUUCACAGAGUACUUCGGGUAUUGCUUCACCUAAUAACAGCUUCCAAUCUCAGGACUCAGUAGAUGGAGAGCAGAGUGGAGUCCCUACAGCUGCUCGGCCGUACGAGAGUGCUAGUGAUCCUGAUGAUUAUUGUGUGGAGACGGGUAUGAACGUUGCUUUGAGACCUAAAACAAAAAACAACGGACCAAAGAGUAAAUGUCCACCUAAGAGGUCUUCAUUUCUUUGGGGAGGUAGAAAACCUCUCGAAGAUGAAGAUGUUGAGUUGACUGACCUUCAGUAUAAUGGUGCCCAGUCGUAAUGGUGCAUGGAGUUGUAUUAUUAGCUACCAGACACGAUUUCAGGUUUAAGACUGCCCAGACUGAAACAGUUGCAGGUACUCCUUUGUAUUUAAUUAUUCAUUGAGAUUUCACAAAGUAAUCAGUGAGUUAAUUCGGGAACUGUAACAUACGACUGUUUGAUGUACUCGAUACACUUUGGGCUGUUAGAUUGGAGAGUUAAUUUGGAACUAUUUGUAAUUUAGAAUAACCAAAUAAUAUAUUUACAAUGGAUUAUGUGCAGGCUGUUGUACAUACGAAGUUCUUUCCAGCCUGCUGUAAACUUCCAAAUUAUUUUCAAAUUUUCAUUAAUCCACAUUAGUCGUCCUUAUAAUAUUUAUGAAUUCACUGUACACAAGUAUACAUAUGUAAUUAAUAUUUUAGAUUUAAAUACAGAUGGUCUCUGAGCUUCCAGGGUUAUAUUUAUGAAUGCAUCAUACAACUAUUAAUAGCUUAUAUCAACAUAUUACAUUGUACAUGAUAGUUAUCAGGAGACUUUAAAAUGAAGACAGUACGAGCUAAAUUUGUUCACAUUUCCGAUUCAUUGGCAAGUACUAGUCUCAUAGGGAACUACUUGAUAACAUAAUGUAUCUACGGAUCCUUGGAGGUGCUUUCACAAUCUCAUGUCAUUAUUUUUCUUUUUGUGAAUUGUUUAGUUUUUGAUGAGAGCCUGUUUCAUGGUGGCUAGUUUGUGUUUAUUUCAUUAUAAUUGCACCCAUUAAUACAUUAACCUUCGAUUUGUAAUUAAUAUGAUUAGGGAUAAAGGUUUCUUUAGUUGUUUACUUGCAUUCUUAACACUCGUAGUAACACUAGUAACACUAGUAACACUCCACUUCCCAAGCCCCACCCAACUUCCCAAGUCCCACCCUACUUC